AUGGCCGACCGGCAUCGCUCCAAGAUUGUAUCGUUCCUAGGGAACCAAUCUUCUCGCACUCGCGAGAUACAAAUGGACCGUCGUGCGCUUGGUCUAGCCGUUCUGCGUAUGCAAGCGCAAUACACUCGCUCCGUCAUCGCGACGGAAAUCGAGAAGUUCGAGACCUCCUUCGAGGAGAUCCUGCAAACAGCCAAUAUAUUUUUGGUAACCACAGAGAGAGUUUCAAACUCUCCUUCUCUGGUGAUUAUUGACCAGCCAUCCGUGGUCAAGACCGUUUGCCAGUUCCUUGCGGCGUCAAACGCCAUUCUCGAAUUUCUCGACUUCCAGCAGAAGAGAACCGGCUUUGCAUCAGGAGGGGACGAGUCUCUAGAGAGACAAGUCAAAGAAGCCCAACUUCUAGUGAAAGAGCUCCUCACCACCCUUUUUCUUCAUAAAAAAGCCGAAACAUACCCAGGGAAGGAGUGUGGCCUGACUUACAACGAGGAUGUCAAGGUCUAUGGCGGGUUCAUUCUCCACAAGUAUGGUCAUGUUGAUCAGAGCGACGUCCCCGAUCCAGAGGACGAGGAUGAGGACGUGGAGAAGCUGGUGCAAUACUGGCACACAGAGAACUUGGUUCAUCCAUUGAGACAUGUUCCAGGCACUGCAUGGCACAAGUUCUUUGGCAACCUUCAGCCAGGCCCAAUCGUGAGCCCAGAGCUGUUUAGGGAGCGCAAACCACAGCCGUACUUCAAGCUCAUGUUCCCGACUACCAUCACCUGGCUGAAGCCCGAAAUCUCCCGUGAUUAUGAUAAUUAUCGCGAGAUGUUCGAGAGAUUUCAUCGAAUCCCUGGGCCACGUCUCUCAGAGUUCGUCAGAGGACGCCGCCUGUCCCAUUAUUUCAGAGGAUGGAAGAGAACUGAGGAGGCAAUCAUCCUGUGUCUUGAAGAUAUGAGCGAGACUCCUUGCCCGGAAUAUGAUCUCUUGGGUCGCUCAAGGCCCGAGGCGUUGAAUGCCGAGAUCAAUGCACCGGAGCUGGCAGGGAUUGCUUUGUUGGGAGACGAUAUCCCCGAUGUCCCCAUUUUCUUGGAAGGGGAAGUCCGGAAAUACUGUCUCGAGUUUGACGGCCAGUGGAGUUAA